UCAGGCGGAAGUGUGCGUGAGCCUUUUUCAGUAAGGAGUCUUUCGUUUGAGAUCACGCGUUGUUGAAUUGUCGUCCGAAUAAAAAAAAUGAACGCGGAUUAAGGAGGCGCGUCGUUUGUUUUGCUACGAGGCGAAUGUGGCCGUGCGUAUUUUUCUCAUCGGAUGUGCGGUUGAAACCUGAGGAAAAAACGCAACGUUAGGUGGAAGCGAAAGGUCGAAUGGUUACUUUUUUACUCCUCGCCAAACUGAGGGAAGUUAAAAUGAGCUUUUCUGCAUGAGACUUAUCAUCGCAACGUCAUCUUAAAGGCUCGUCCCGUGCUAACGGGCUACAUGGGACAUACUUUGAAUGAUUUAAUCGCGUCCUGCACGAGCACAUACGGAGCGCGUUGAGAAGAAAAUCGCGCAGAUGGUCGACUGACGCGCGUUCAUGGAAAACCGACGUGUUUGCGUUUGGGAAGAGAAAUAUUGACAGUGUAUCGCGCGCGUUUGCCCCUCGCGUCAUGCGACGGUGGGGGAGGAUCGGAGCGGAGCAGGGACCUUGCAGCGGAUUUCAUGUUUCGCAACAAUGUUAAAGCCCCACACCGAGAAUUUAUAAGGCCUCAAAAUGACACUUUUCCAAAUGGCUAAAGUGCACUAAAGAAGUUAUUAUACGAACGCGAGCGUUAUUGUUGAGCUUUAACUGCAAGUUAAUGUAAAAAUAGAGCCUCAUGAAUGUAUACCAGUGAUAUGUAGUUCGCAGUACAGCCUGUUUAGUCUACGAUCUACAUUAAGAAUCUGCUAAGAAAAUUCAGGGAAAUCUUUCUCAAGCCAUCGUGUGUCUUAACGCAUCUUUAUGUCUGAAGUUAUCCUUUGGUCCUCUGCGCAAAUGGCGUCUUUCCCAGACUCCGACCUGCAAACAUGUCCGCUGUGCAAGGAGCUGUGCGGCUGCUCUGCUCCGAUCUCCUCCAACUCAUCUACCUCCUCCUCUUCCUCUCAGACCUCCAGUUCCUCAUCUACCUCAUCCACCAGAAGACUGCACGUCCUGCCUUGUCUGCACGCCUUUUGCAGGCAAUGCCUAGAGGGCCACCGAAACCCCGGUGACCCUCUGAAGCUCAGAUGCCCCACGUGUGACCAAAAAGUAUCUCUGUCCGAAUCGGGCGUCGACGCCCUCCCCUCCUCCAACUUUCUCUUCAGCAACCUGCUGGAUGUGGUGGUGUCCGCCGAGGAGCAGGUCAAGAACGGUCGGUCUUCUUCGGUGGUCCAUCACGGUGGUCUUCUGAGACCCCAGCACCUCUCGGAUCCUCAGUGCAGCUCUUGUGAUGAGGGUAACCCCGCUACCUCCCACUGCCUGGACUGCCAGGAGUACCUGUGUGAUAACUGCGUGCGCGCCCACCAGAGAGUCCGGCUCACCAAAGAUCACUUCAUUGAGGGGCUGAUGGAAAGCUUGCACCUGGCCAACCGCGCCAACAACUCCAACACACCUGUGAACCUGACCCAGUCCUUUCAUAACAGCUUCUCCAUGCUGAACGUUUUCCAGGAGAGAAUGGACUUUUGUCAGCAACAUGACAACGCGGUGCUGCGUUUUUACUGCGACAGCUGCGCCGUGCCCAUCUGUAGAGAGUGCAGCCUGGGCAGACACGCGGGUCACAGUUUCACCUACCUGCAAGAAGCCCUACAAGACUCCAGAGCUUUGACCAUCCAGCUGCUCGCCGACGCACAGCAGGGUAGACAAGCAGUGCAGCUGAGCAUCGAGAAAGCACAGGCCAUUGCUGAGCAAGUGGAGUUGAAGGCCAAGGUUGUGCAGUCAGAGGUGAAGACCAUCACUCUCCGUCAUAAGAAAGCUCUAGAGGAGCGCGAGUGUGAGCUGCUCUGGAAGGUGGAAAAGAUCCGACAGGUGAAGGCAAAGUCACUUUACCUGCAAGUUGAGAAACUUCACCAGAAUCUCACUAAGCUGGAUAGCACAAUUGCCACAGUGACACAGGUCCUAGAAGAGGGCCGCAGCAUAGACGUCCUGCUAGCACGCGAGCACAUGUUAAAUCAGCUGCAGGAGCUGAAAUCCCUCCGUUGCAUUCUACAACCCCAGGAAGACGAUCGCAUCAUGUUCACUCCACCGGACCAGGCUCUACUAAUAGCCAUCAAGUCAAUGGGCCUCAUCAGCAGCGGAGCCUUUGCCACCGCUUCCAAAGCUCACGGUGAAGGCAUCAAGAGGGCUCUGCAAGGAAAGCUGGUUUCCUUUACCGUGGUAGGGUACGAUCACGACGGAGAGCCUCGGAUGUCUGGCGGUGACAGCGUGUCUGUUGUGCUUAUGAGUCCAGAUGGUAAUCUCUUUAGCGCUGAUGUUUCUGACCACCAAGAUGGGACAUACACAGUCAGCUACCUUCCUAAGAGCGAGGGUGAGCAUUUGCUCUCAGUGCUUAUAUGUAAUCAGCACAUCGAGGGAAGUCCCUUCAAAGUGAUGGUCAAGUCUGGUCGCAGUUAUGGCGGGGUCGGCUUGCCCAUCGCUAGUUUUGGAGGAGAAGGCGAUGGGGAUGGGCAAUUGUGUAGACCUUGGGGCAUCUGUGUGGAUAAAGAAGGCUACGUGGUGGUCGCUGACAGAAGCAACAACCGUGUGCAGAUCUUCAAACCUUGCGGCACGUUCCACCACAAGUUUGGCACUUUGGGCUCUCGACCGGGUCAGUUUGACCGGCCCGCGGGUGUUGCCUGCGACAGCCAGAGAAGAAUCAUUGUGGCGGAUAAGGACAAUCACCGCAUCCAGAUCUUCUCCUUUGACGGUCAGUUUCUUCUCAAGUUUGGCGAGAAGGGCACCAAAAACGGGCAGUUUAACUACCCUUGGGAUGUAGCCGUCAACCCUGAGGGGAAGAUCCUGGUUUCGGAUACACGCAACCACCGCGUCCAACUCUUCGGGCCUGAUGGGACAUUCCUCAACAAAUACGGGUUCGAGGGGGCCCUCUGGAAACAUUUCGAUUCUCCCCGUGGUGUGGCCUUCAAUCAGGAAGGUCACCUCGUGGUGACCGAUUUCAACAAUCACCGACUGCUCGUCAUCAGACCCGACUGCCAGUCGGCUCGUUUCCUCGGUUCGGAGGGUACGGGGAAUGGUCAGUUCUUGCGCCCGCAAGGUGUAGCCGUGGACCAAGAAGAUCGAAUUAUCGUCGCCGACUCACGCAACCAUCGCAUUCAGGUGUUCGAACCCAACGGCAACUUUUUAUGCAAGUUUGGGACUCACGGUAGUGGCUUCGGGCAGAUGGACCGCCCCUCGGGUAUAGCGGUUACCCCCGAUGGAAUGAUUGUCGCUGUGGACUUUGGGAAUAACCGUAUCCUCAUGUUCUGACCUUUAAGGUUCGAGACAAAACUGUACAAAUGAAAAAGAAGAUUUUGCACAUUUAUCAGGAGCAAAUGCAGUUAUGAUGGAGAUAUGACAACACUUGACACUUGUCUUGUUAGGUCUGUUAUUGCUUUGUGCAAUUCUCACUCAAGGUGUAACACCAGAUGCUUGAUUUUACAGCAAGAGUUAAUAGUGUUUGCUCUUGGUACGUGUUUUCGAACCUUUCUUUUUCGUUUCUCAGGGAAUUUCUUGCAUUCUUAAAAUAUUUUCUCUCUGCAUUACACCUACCUCAUCUAGCUUAUGUAUGAAUGUACUCGCGUUUGUGCAGAGACCUAGUCCGUGAAGUUUUAUAUAAAAAUGUCUACCUCAGCGUUUUGUUUAUUCAUAGAAUUCGAGGACGUGACAAAUUGAAAAAAAAAUGAAGCAAUGUUCGGUAUUUGCACAGUUCGCACAAAAUUUUCCUGAUUGUUACUGUGCACAGAACGCAAGUUAAAAUCCCUGAAUGUUUCUCAAAAUGAUGGACGAUUAAAAGAGCUGCAUAUUUUGGCGGAAACGUUAGGAUAACAUUUUGAUAUAUCUACUGCUAUGUUUUGAAUUUUCAUGUAUAUUUUAAAUCAGACAUUUAUCGUGUACCUCAUCUAAACCUAUUACCUCAUUUACCGUACUUUACCUCUGGGUUACGAGCCUCAUUACACAUUUACCUCACUUUAUGGUCCAUUUGAAAGUUAUGCAAGUGGAAGCAAUUACCAAAAAUUCAUGAUGAAAAUCAUCCGAAUGUAUUAAGUAAAAUUUCCCGAUGUAAUCAAGAGUUGCUCUGGAGUGCAAAUGCAGUGGAGGGAAAAACAGAUACCCAUGAUUAUUUCAAAUGGGGAAUAUAACAGAAAAAUAGAGAGGGGUGUUUAAAGAUGAUCUAUUUUAUUUUAUUAUUUUUUUUGGGUGGAACAUACAAACAGAAUGUAGACACUAAAUAUCAAAGUGUAAAAAUGAUUAAGCCCUUAUCUUUGUGUUUGUUGUUUUUCGUUUUUCCAAAAAUGCUCGAUUUCGACAAAGUAAAGGCACAUAUCAGAUGCAAAUAGGAAAACGAGGAUAUGAUCCAGUUCCACUAAAGAUGAUUUAUUUCUUUUAUUCUAUCCUUUAAAAAUGGAUGUAUAUUCGCAUAUAUAUGUAGGCUUAAGAGUUGUACUCCAGCUUUUUCUCUCAUUACAAACAGGUGCAUUAGAUCACAGUUUGGUUUUUGUUGUUCUAUUGAUUAAAUGGACACAGGAAGCAGUGCAGGCCAUUAAAAAAAAGAUUUCCAAGGAGACCAUUCACUGUCGGUGUAACAUCAUUUAAAACCACUUUGAAUCAAUUGAGCCCAGUUUAAAAUUGGAUAGACCGUGCCUGACUCCCGAGUUACCGCUUUAAAGUGCCGUUUGUUUCUGCGCUCGAUUGAUUAAAAGGAAAAGAGGAAGCAAUGCAUUUGGGGAAUUUAUAGCACUGGUUUACAGCUGAACAAAAGCACACGUUUUUCCGAUUUUAGUCUGCCCAGUGUGAUCUAAUGUUAUCGGACAGGAAUUGCACAAAUGCCUGAACGUAGUCGGCAAUGAGAUGUACUAACUGGUUAAGUUGUACCUCCUCGACUUUGAUGUAGCCCAUACAUACUAUAUAUCUUCUCAUAUCACUCUUUGGGUUUAAUCCGCUCAACGUUUAGAUGACAAAACAUUUAAAUUUAACAAAUUUAACUUACAUGGCUAUCCUGUGUCCACUCGAUCCAAUCAUGAGUAUUAAUGUGCUUGCAUGUAGUUAGCGGUGCCUUGUGAUGCAAAAAAAUCUGAUUUGAAUGUUUUGCCAAAGGGUAACUAUAAAAAACGGACAUGUGCCAAAAAUAGUCACAAUAGCAUUCUCAUUUAGUACUCUAUACUUUAUUCUUAAAUAUAUUACAUUGUUAUAAACAUAUUUGUUGCGAUCAUCGGGUUUAUUUAUGUCACAUUUUAAAGGAUGUGUUAAUUAUAUGGUUUUGCUUGGAAAGUAAGAGCUGAAUGUCUCGCAGACAGACAUCCACGCGUUCGACCGUAUUUAUAGAUAAAAGUACCAGCAAAGGUCACAAGGCCUCGAUUGAUGGAAACGAAAAGCUUAUGCAAUAAAGAGUAAAAGAUUUGCUGCUGCUCCACCCCUCGAAACACACACAGGUCUGCCCUGUCUCACAGUAUUAUUACUAUCACAUCGAUCUGUGUUUUAUAUUUAAGUAUGGCGUUCUUAUCCCGAAUCCCUGCUCUCUUUAAGAGGGAAUGGUUAAAUUUGAUAUUUUUGCAGAUGGGUGGAUGUUAAAUAUGGAUGUUGGGAAAAGGAGAUACUUUUAUGAUAUAUACCAAAAACGACUGGGUGAGUGGUUGUACUCUUUAUGGAUAGCUUUACGAAGUAAGGUACACAAGCCUUACCACGCUCACGAGUCACGACCCUCCUUAGCUUUAGCUUUUGGUAUCGACAGAACUGGAAAACUGCCAAAGACCUUGUGCAAAUGAAACCUCAGUCUAGAUGUAUUUAUAUUUUUGCCCAAAGAUGAAUAGAUUUGGCAUAGAGAUCAUGAACACGCUCUUGAUAACUUUAAAUAGAUUGAGGUAAGAUGAUGUUUUUAUGUGUCCGUGAUUGUUACUAGUUCUCUGUAGGACACUUAAUUGAAGAUGUUUGAAUUGGUGGACACUGAUGUCCAGUUGUGCGGUGGUCGUAGUGUGGAUUUGGUGAAGGAAUCAGACGUUUUACGGGUUGUGGUUCUCAGGCGAGAUCAGUAUUGAUAAACCACUAUGUAAAAAAAUCUUAAAAGGUGAAUUUUCAGACAGAAAUCAGCACGCUAUAGAAGUUCAGUGUUUGAUGUGUCAUCCAAAUAAUGUCACUGUCUGUAAAAUAUAUAGAAUUUUUGCUAAGUUUAAUGAAAGACGCUGUUAUCAAACUCAGUUUGUGUCUUUUGAAUUUCACAUUGUGUACUACUAUUUUUUUUUUGUUUGGUGUUUUUUUUUUGGACCUCUGGUCUCUAAUUGUACGGGUUUUGUCACCAUUUCUGGUGUAUUCCAGCUUAUGACCUCUUCCUUACUGGGGAAAAACAGAAAAAUGUAACAGUUCAGAAUUGUAUGGUCAUAGACCCUUUUUAUGAUUGUAUUAUCUUAUGGAAAAAAAUGUGUCUACACACAUUAAAACAACUCAGGUAGCUUUGUAGAGAUUUGAUUAAAAUUCAAUAUUUGUUUCCUACGGUUUGAUAGUAAAUCUUUUGUUAGUAACUCAUGAGUUUUUGUGUGUUAUGAUGGAAAAAAAUACUGUUGUUGAAUUCCACGGGAUCCUUUUCAACCACAUCACGGUUUAAUAGUCAGGGAGGGGGUGAACUCGUAACAUUUAUACCAGCAUGUCUCAACCUCACACUUGAUUUUAUAGUCUUGACCUUGGAGGUAUAUAAAACAGCUUGCCGUUUGCCUCUUUAAUUGGAUUUACGUCAUGUACUAUGGUAAAUCUGUUCGAGUUUAAUGGCUGCUACAGAAUUGAAUCAGAAAUGCCUUAAAGCUCAAGAAAUUGCUUUUCAAGAACCAAUUAUAAUUGGGAUGUUAAUAGGAAAAUUGAAUGUACUGGAUCAAACAAAAGAUAUUGAGAGAGUCAGCUCGAAGCUCAGAUUUGGUGUCAGUUUUGCCUUUUAAAAUAUAACGAUUAAAGUAGGAUCAAAGUAGCAAUACUGAUUCCAGGUCAGUUGCCCUCUCAGGUGGAGAGGACAAUGGCUUAGGAGCCCCUCCAAGAGGCGCGUGAUUCUCUCCAUCUCUCUUUGAAUUUUUAGUUCGGCACUCGGCAUCCCUCCAUCCGUCACCCCCUCAACCAAAGCAACACAACUGUCAUGUUUUACUUUGGGAAUAAGGCUGACGAGACUAUAGAAAAUAUUUAGUGGUCUGCAGUCUUGCUCUCUCGUCUUUUGUGGACUUUAAACAUUUCCUAUGCAGGUUUUUGUUUUGUUUUUUAUGUUUGGUUGUUUACAAAUAAAUAAAGAUGUACCUUUUUGGAUCCUG